AUGUUAAUAGCUAUCUUUUUUACAAAGUUUGUAAAAAUGAACUCUGUAGAAAAUACUUUAAAAGAGCGAAAUAAUGAGAAUACAGUUAAUAUAGAAACCAAACAAGAUUCUUCUGAAAAUCAGAUUUAUCAGACAUUUAGAUUUCCAAAUAUAUUUAAUCUGUGUAAAAAAAGAGGAUUAUAUAGAAACAGAGAACCUGUUUGCAGACCUGUGUGUGAGCCAAGAUUUAGAUUUCGAAAUCGACAUGAAUUUGAUAUUAAAUCUGAAAGUGAUUCUGGUAGUAGACCAAAGUGCAGACCUGAAUGUAGACCAGGAUGUAGACCUGAAUGUAGACCCAGAUUUAAAUUUAUUCAUCAUAGGCGCAGAAAAAAUUAUUGGAGACCACGAUGUAGACCGAUUUGUGGACAAAGUUCAGAAUCUCAUAGCAGUUCUAUAUCAUAUAGUAGAGAUUCUAGCUCUAGCGAAAUUAGUAGCUUUAUUGACUGUAGGGAAAGGGAACCUGUAUGUCGACCUGUAUGUGGAGAACAGUUUCGCAUAAUGAGUAAUGAUCAAAAACAUCAAAGAAAGCUAGCCCCUGUGUGUAAACCAGUUUGUAGACCCAAAUCGACACACCGUUUUCACAAACAUAUAAAACGUAGAUGGAAAACUAAAUACAGACCAAAAUGGGAGCAGAUCUGCAAACCAGUUUGUGCACCAAAAAGGAGCAUUUUACAUAAACCCAAAAAACAUAAUUAUAAACCUAAGAAAAAGUUAUAUGUUCCUGAAUGCAAGCCAGUCUGCGUUAAUAAAUCUAAUAAACACCAUGAGUCAUAUUCUACUAGCAGAGAUAGCGAAAGCAAAUAUUCGAGUAGUGAAUAUUCUUACGAACAUUAUGAACCUACAUGUGAACCUUUAGAUGGACAAUAUAGGAUAAUGAGUGAAGAUAACAUCUUUACAAGGUCUAGGCGACUAUGUCGACCAAUCUGUGAACCCUUUCAAAGGUCUAAAUUUAAUAGAAGAUUUAAUGAUGAUUGCAGACCAGUUUGUGAACCCGACUGCAGACCACAGUGUGAUCCAAUUCUAAGAAGACGAAGAAGACACAGACAUGUUCGUGAAGUAAGAAACAGAAACACAGGAGGAUCUGUUACUGCUAUACGUCAGAUAAUAUUACAAGCUUCAUUUGAAGUAAAUAAACUUGCAAGAUUCUUUGCAGAAGAAAUCAAAGCCAAAUUACUUGAAGGCCUUCAGUUAAUAAUAACAGGUGCUGGAAAUAAAGCAACAGGAGAUUUUAAAAAACUAGAACAAAGAAUCGCAGAUGUUGUAAUAGAUAUUAAUAAAUGUAUUUUAAGAGAUACAGAUGCGUUGAUAACUAAUACAAAUGAAGAAAUUCUAAAUAUUUUAACAAUGAAUAUUAGAAAUGCUAAUAAAUUAAUCUUAUCUGACAUUGCAGCAUUAGUUGCUGCAACCAAACCACCACAGUCGCCUAAUAAGCAGCCGCUAGACAAAAUACUCGACAUCCUUACAAACAGAUUUAAUGAGAUUACAAUAGAAGUUCCAAAUAUCUUUAAAAAAUUUACACAAACAGAAAAAGCUUCUAUAGAAAAAAUUGUAAAUGACAAGAAAUCGGAAAUUAUUAAAGAAGUGACAAAACUCAUCGAAGAAUUUGAAAAGAGACUUGCUCGUCUCUUUGCAGAUUUGGCAGAAGAAGAAAUAAUAUUUAUAAGAAAUAUACUUGAUCAAAACGCAAGAAAAUUAUUAGUAGACUUGGAGCACAUUCUACAACAAAUAGGUGAAGGAAUUAUCAUAAUUCUUAAGGGAAGAAACUGCGAAUUUCGACCAUUAUUAUUUGGCGGUGAAAUUAGAGAAAACUGGAAUGUUAAUCAAGAAGAAAAUAUAUAA